AGUAGCAGCCGGUGAGCACAGGAAAGAUCCACUUUUAUCAAUGAGCAUGAGCCGCUAAUGUCCAACCGGAAGAGGCUCUGCCUGCUUUUAUUUGCAGAAAUGGCAGCUCGUGACGGAUACAACUGUUAUCCCAUCACUAAAUAAUUUAUGUUUCUAAAAAAAACAGCCCGACUUUAGCUCCGAAAACAUGACAAGAUAAAGAGAAACGAUGCCGCUGUCGAGCCUGAGACAACAAGCUAGCGGAAGCUGCUGGAGUUAGCUUUGUUUAUGAAAGAAUGAAGCCGCAAGCGGAAAUAUGUUAUAAAAAAGGAACAAGAUGAAGACUGGGUGAAGCUCACCUGCAGACUCAGCAUGAAAGAGGAAGGCGGAGCUGAGAUGACAGGUGCAGGUCUGUUUGAGGACCAGGAUUUUCCCUGUGAGGACACUUCCCUGCUCUGUGACAGCUCCACGCCCAUCGCCAAGCUGCAGGGAGACAUCACAUGGCGUCGCCCGCAGGAGAUCUGUCAGUGUCCAGUCCUCUUUCCCACCAACAUCAACUUGGCUCAUGCAAAACAGGGUCUACUAGGAGACUGCUGGUUUCUCUGUGCAUGCACCUUCCUGCUCAAGAGACAACACCUUUUAAACAAGGUGCUACCUCCAGGCCAGCCGCUGUGGGGUGACACCACAUACAAGGGCUCCUUCAGGUUUUGCUUCUGGCAGCGGGGACAGUGGACAGAUGUGACCAUUGAUGACCGGCUGCCUUGCAUAAAUUCCACACUCUGCUUCUCCCGCUGCCAUGCCCCCGGUGCCUUUUGGGUAGCCUUGUUGGAAAAAGCCUAUGCCAAGCUGCGUGGUUCAUACGAGCUCCUGUGGGCGGGCCAGGUUUCUGAGGCUCUGGUGGAUUUGACUGGUACUGUGGCUGAGCAGUGGAGCCUGGGGAGAGCAGACGGUUCAGAUGAGGAACCACAAUCUCAUCAGGACAGUGAUCAAAUACGGAGAAAAAAGUUCAACCUGAGACUUCUGAAGUCCGUACAGGAUGACUGCAUUCUAACCUGCUCCACUCACAAAACAUCAGAAGGAGUCAGUGAGCCGGGCCAGUACCACGCUAUGACCGUGAUGGAGUGGCUGGAUGUGAAGAGGGAGUCAGGAAGAGCAGUGCAGCUUUUCAGAAUCAGAAACCCCUGGGGAAGAUGUUGCUGGGGAGGUGUGUGGACGCUGAGUGGUUCUGGUUGGAGUUCUGUCGACCCUGUUUGUGCUUCAGACCUUCAAGCCAGACUGUCUGAGGGGGAAUUCUGGUUGGACGAGGCUGAGUUUGUGUCCCAUUUUGAUGACAUCACAGUGGGAUACCCCAUCAAUAAAGACGGACACUUGAAGAGCAUUUAUACAGGAAAUAUUUUAACAUUUAAUCACCAGCACGUCGGCCGCUGGGUUGCAGGCGUUUCCGCUGGCGGCUGCCGCAACAGCAGCAGCUACAUCAACAAUCCAAAGUUUUGGCUUAAAGUGUGUCAAAGAGGAGAGAUCCUGGUGUCUUUGCUGCAGUAUCCAAAGAGGAAUAGCACUGAAAAAAAUGCAAGAACGCCACUCAGUGACGGCAAGAGUACAAAACACCACAACUACCAAGCGAUUGCUCUUCACAUGUGGAAGGUGGAAAAGAAGCAUUUUAAUCUGAGCCGGUUGUUGAACAAACCUCCCUGCGCUUCUACUCACUGCCACGCCUAUGACAGAGAGGCGGUCCUCCGCGACCUCCUAGAGCCUGGAUACUACCUUGUCAUUCCCAGCACCUACCAGCCAGGAGCGGAGGCCCACUUUCUUCUGCGGGUAUUCUCCUCCUCCUCCACAUCCUUCACUGCCCUGAAAGCCCCAGCACCCUCACUGCCUCUAUCUCCAGACAGCGAGUGGGAGACCACUUACUUCCAAGGCUCGUGGGUGAGUGGAAGUACGGCCGGAGGAAGCAGGAACUUCCUCUCUCACAGGCAGAACCCGUGCUUCCCUUUUACAGUGCACGCUGAGCCGACAGUAAAACCAGGAGUCAAUGUAAGGAUUUCACUUCAUCAGAGCCGGCCUGACACUGAUCUGCUCCCUAUUGGCUUCCACGUCUACAAGGUACCAGAAGGGGGAUGUGAGCAGAAAGUGAAGGAAGAGGAUCCUGUGGCCAGCUGCAUCCCUCACUGUUACACACAGGCCAUCAGUCUGGACUGCUGCCUUCCUCCUGGUUGUUACACCAUAGUGCCAUCCACUUAUGAACCCGAUUGUUCGGCAAACUUCACCCUCAGUUUGGCUCUCAGAGUACACAGGCAGGUGCUCAAAAGUCAAGAAAGACUCCGGAGAUCCAUUCAGGAGGUCUCUCACAUCUCUGUGAUGCAAAGCUAGCUGUGCCAAAGGGAUGCAGCUCCAGUGAGAUCAGAUCGCCUCCCUGCACCUCUUGGCCAACGAUGAAACAACCCGAACCCGUCAUCCAGCCUUGCCACAAAAGCCGUGACGUCAGUGUUUGUUCAUAUAUGUAUUAUGAGCGACCGAGAAGGCAGUCGGACACACUGCUGACACUCGGAGUUUCUGUGCAACAAGGCACUUGUCAGCGAUUCUGAAAAUCAGAGUUUGUUGGUGGGAUGGGCUGCUAAUGAAGUAUGACGGGACCGGCUGGUGUAAACAAACAGCCACUACUGAAGAAGGCCGCCUCUGCUCUUUCUCAUUCACUCAGUGCAGCGCCUGCCGGCACAGAACAAAGAGUCCUCUCAUGAAGGUCCUCACAGAAACACAGGGGGCAAGGGGUGAGGGGAUGGUCUGGAACAGCAGAGCCAACCCAGCCGCACCACGCCAUAGCAUGCCAUACCAUCCACCAGCUUUCUGCCCAUCCCUCAUGUGCUUUUAAAACCCAGAGUUCUGGUACCAUCCCACACCAAUGUCAAGCUGACCCAAAGACACAUAGUCUCCAGCUCCCCUCUUGCUCCCCAACUUCGCUUGGAGCCGAACAGAGCCGGUGUUUGAAGAUGCCGAAAGAACGGAUGACAGCGAAGGGAUGAAAAGGGAACGCGGCACAUCAGAGAGAGCUGGAUCAUCUGAUGCAGCCGCCAGUUCUUUCUGUAUUGAGGCUGAGCAUGUGCAGUGAUGUGUGCCUUAUGGUAGCCAUGUCUGAGUUUCAGGCCCAGAGCUCAAAUAAAAACAAUAACAAACCUAAUCAAUUGAUCAAAAUGCUACUAUGUUUUGUUUGUAUUUUGUUGUCAGUUUAUGAUGCAUGCAGUGCAAUAAAUAAAAUGCUAAAACACAA